AUGGGGCAGGCGGGGCGUUGGGUGGGAACGUGGGUGGAGCGGCGGCAGGGGCUGGGAGGUGUUCAACACGACGGCGGGCCAGGGGCGACGGCGCGUGCGGGCUUAGGGCCGCUCAGCCGCAGAGGGUGUGGCGCGGAGGGCACGGUGGGGGCGUUACGCAACGCGGGCCAACGCGGGGCACGAACCCCCUUCGCGGCGGGCGGCGCCUGCAGUCGGCGACGGCGAUGGCGGCGGCUGGCGGCGUCCGCGCUGGGCCCGCACCCGCCAAGCGACUCAAGGUGGCCGUGCUAUGGUCAGGUGGGGGCUUUGGAAGCAGUCUUCUUAGCAAGACGGGGGCAUUUGGUCGAUCUUUAUGAAUAUCGAGAUGACGUGCGCCGCACGCCGCAGCUGAACCGCGGCCGCACCAUCAACCUGACGCUGUCGCACCGCGGGCGCGCGGCGCUGCGAGCGGCCGGGCUGGAGGCGGCCGUGAUGGCGCGCGGGCUGCCCGUGCGCGGACGCCUCGUGCACGCGCGGGACGGCACGCGCGCCCGCAGCCUCUACCACCCGGACGGGCAGCAGUGCAUCUACUCCGUCAACAGAAAAAAUCUCAAUGAAUUGCUGUUGACAGCGGCUGAAGAAUUACCUAACGUGCGACUGCACUUUAAUCAUAAACUCGUAUCUGCUGACCUCGAUUCUGGACGACUUACCUUUCAAACGCCGCUGUGCCCCGAGGGGGUGAGCCACUCGGCGGCGCUCGUGGUCGGGGCGGACGGCGCCCACUCGCGCGUGCGCGCCGCCAUGCUGCGAAGACCCGGCUUCGACUUCCGGCAGAGCAACAUCGAGCACGCCUACCUCGAGCUGCGCAUCCCGCCCAACCCCGACGGAUCGUCGGCGCUGGAGCCCGUGGACUUCCUGCACGUGUGGCCGCGGGGCAGCUUCAUGCUGAUGGCGCUGCCCAACGGCGACGCCUCGUGGACGGUGACGCUGUUCGCGCCCGACGACCGGCUGCGGCGCCUGUGCGCGGAGCCCGUGCUGGCCGUGCGCCUCUUCCAGACGCACCUCGACGACGCCCUCCACCUCAUCGGCGCGCCCGCCCUCGAGCGCGACUUCGCCGCCGGCCGGCCCUCGCUGCUGCUCGGCGUCAAGUGCAAUCCUUAUCACGUGGAAGGGAAAGCAAUCAUUAUAGGGGAUGCUGCCCACGCAAUGGUACCCUUUUAUGGGCAAGGUAUGAACGCGGGUUUUGAAGACUGUCUGCUAUUGGACCGACUCAUGAAUCAUUACGGUGACGACUUACAGUCAGCCCUCGCAGAGUUUUCCCUGGUGCGAAAUCCUGAUGCCGAAGCGAUCUGUGAUCUUGCUAUGUACAAUUAUACAGAGAUGCGAGAACUGGUGGCAAAAAAAUCAUACCACUUCCGUAAAAAGCUUGAUGGAAUGCUCUACAAUUUCUUGCCAAACCUAUGGGUACCGCUUUAUCCCAGUGUGGCUUUUACUAAUCAAGGAUAUCGCUGGUGUCUUGAAAAUAAACAGUGGCAAGAUAAGGUAAAAUUAUUGUCUACAUAUUGUGAAUACACACUAAUUUAA